AACUUACAUGAACCACUAAAGAUGAUUUUCUGUUUCAUGCAUGCCAUUAAUACAAUCAUUGGGAGGAUUGUCUUGUAUCCCGUAGUGAAGAAAGUAGCUUCACAUAAUGCACGGAUUGUCUCCUUCUUCAAUGGGUCACACUUCUGGGGCAGACAACUCAAACUUCAAGCGGCCAAGUCAGGUGUCAAGCAAUCCCUGGAGACAAAUACGGAAUCCCGAUUCUACGCACUCAUACUGCAGUUCAUGAGCACUAGAGAUCACUGGUACACCCUUCUAUCAUGUAUAUGUGUUCAGGAUGAUGUACAGCAUAGUGUGAACAAGCUGUCGCCGGUCAACCGGGAUGUCAUCCAAAUCAUGCUUGACUCAGUGCAUUGGGCAUGGAAUGACCAGCUUGUUUGUGUCACCAAGCCACUCAUUGAUAUAAUUGGAGACAUCGAGGGCCGUGAUGCUACAUUGGCAGACUGUAUGCUUGAGCUUAUAUGGGCACAUCACAAGGUUAAUCACCAACUGGGCUUCCAUGCCCUGAACACCAACCUUCAGUGGUUCACCCUUUUUUUCCAUCCACUAUGCUGGUGCCUUGCCGUAUUAUCUGCCCAACAUUCCCACAAGGUCAAGGUUGCAAUACACAUAGCUACGGAGAUAGCCCACAAGUGA